AGAUGUGGCAUAACACGUGACAUAGAAAUGAGGUUUUUCUCUGAUGAGAGAUUUUACAGGAAUAUAAAAAUAAUAGGAAUUGUGGGUACUGCGAGAUUUUCCCAUAAUCCCAGGCGUCCAGUCUCCCUUUCGAUGGCAAGAAAGGGGGGUUUUGAUAAGGCGCGUGCCGCGGGCAGCUCUGUUCAUCCGGGUCUUCGUUCCCCGCGGGAAGACCCGAGAGUCACUGGAAGCGCAAGAUGGCGACGGCGGCUGCACCCUCGGCUUCCGAACCUGAGGCUGAGUCUAAGGUUGGGCCCAAGACCGAGGGAGAGGAAGAUGAGGCUAAGGCGGCUAGGACCAGGAGGAAGGUGCUUUCGCGGGCUGUGACUGCUGCGACGUACAAGACCACAGGGACAGAAUGGGAUCAGCAGGAGGAAGGCGUGAGCGAGAGCGAUGGGGAUGAUGAGGAGUACGCCAUGGCUUCCUCCGGGGACAGCUCCCCCGAAGAGUACGAGUGGGAGUACGAUGAAGAGGAGGAGAAGAACCAGCUAGAAAUCGAGAGACUGGAGGAGCAGCUGUCUAUCAAUGUCUAUGACUACAACUGCCACGUGGACCUGAUCAGGUUGCUCCGGCUAGAGGGGGAGCUUACCAAAGUGAGGAUGGCCCGCCAGAAGAUGAGCGAGAUCUUUCCCUUGACUGAAGAGCUCUGGCUGGAGUGGCUCCACGACGAGAUCAGCAUGGCCCAGGAUGGCCUGGACAGGGAGCACGUGUACGAACUCUUUGAGAAAGCUGUGAAGGAUUACAUUUGUCCUAAUAUUUGGCUGGAGUAUGGCCAGUACUCGGUUGGUGGGAUUGGUCAGAAAGGUGGCCUUGAGAAAGUUCGCUCUGUGUUUGAAAGGGCGCUUUCAUCAGUUGGUUUACAUAUGACCAAGGGACUCGCCAUCUGGGAGGCUUACCGAGAGUUUGAAAGUGCGAUUGUGGAAGCUGCUCGGCUUGAGAAAGUCCACAGUCUCUUCCGGCGACAGUUGGCGAUCCCACUUUAUGAUAUGGAGGCCACCUUUGCAGAGUAUGAAGAAUGGUCAGAAGACCCAAUACCAGAGUCAGUAAUUCAGAACUAUAAUAAAGCACUGAAGCAGCUGGAGAAAUAUAAACCCUAUGAAGAAGCACUGUUGCAAGCAGAGGCACCAAGGCUGGCAGAAUAUCAAGCAUAUAUUGAUUUUGAGAUGAAAAUUGGUGAUCCUGCUCGCAUUCAGCUGAUCUUUGAGCGUGCCCUGGUUGAGAACUGCCUUGUCCCAGACUUAUGGAUCCGUUACAGUCAGUACCUAGAUCGACAACUGAAAGUAAAGGAUUUGGUCUUAUCUGUUCAUAACCGUGCUGUUAGAAACUGCCCCUGGACAGUUGCCCUGUGGAGUCGGUACCUCUUGGCUCUGGAGAGACAUGGAGUUGAUCAUCCAGUGAUUUCUGUAACCUUUGAGAAAGCUUUGAAUGCUGGCUUCAUCCAGGCCACUGAUUAUGUGGAGAUUUGGCAAGCAUACCUUGAUUACCUGAGGAGAAGGGUGGAUUUCAAACAAGAUUCUAGUAAAGAGCUGGAAGAGUUGAGGGCCACAUUCACUCGUGCUUUGGAGUAUCUGAAGCAGGAGGUAGAAGAGCGUUUCAAUGAGAGUGGUGAUCCAAGCUGCAUGAUCAUGCAGAACUGGGCUAGGAUUGAGGCUCGACUGUGCAGUAAUAUGCAGAAAGCUCGGGAACUCUGGGAUAGCAUUAUGACCAAAGGCAACGCCAAGUAUGCUAACAUGUGGCUUGAGUAUUACAACCUGGAAAGGGCACAUGGUGAUACCCAGCACUGCAGGAAGGCCCUGCACCGGGCUGUACAGUGCACCAGUGACUACCCAGAGCAUGUCUGCGAAGUGUUGCUCACCAUGGAGAGGACAGAAGGUACUUUAGAAGACUGGGAUAUAGCUGUUCAGAAAACUGAAACUCGAUUAGCUCGUGUUAAUGAGCAGAGAAUGAAGGCUGCAGAGAAGGAAGCUGCCCUUGCGCAGCAAGAAGAAGAAAAGGUUGAACAGCGCAAGCGGGCCCGGGCUGAGAAGAAAGCAUUGAAAAAGAAGAAAAAGCCCAGAGGCGCAGAUAAGCACAGAGCAGAUGAGGAAGAUGAGAAAGAGUGGGGUGCUGAUGAAGAAGAGCAGCCUUCCAAACGAAGAAGAACAGAGAACAGUGUCCCUCCCUCUGGAGAAACCCGAGGCGCAGAAGUGGAGAUAGGGCCUGCUGAGAGACAUGCAUCUGUAAACGUCGACCCCCCUUCAAAGCAGAAGGACAAGGCGGCUGCCCUGAAGAGGGAUAUGCCCAAAGUGCCCCAUGACAGCAGUAAGGACAGCAUCACUGUCUUUGUCAGCAACCUGCCCUAUAGCAUGGGAGAGCCCGACGUGAAGCUCAAGCCUCUCUUUGAGGCCUGUGGGGAGGUGGUUGAGAUCCGCCCCAUCUUCAGCAACCGUGGGGAUUUCCGAGGCUACUGCUAUGUGGAAUUUAAAGAAGAGAAAUCAGCCCUUCAGGCACUGGAGUUGGACCGGAAGAAUGUAGAAGGGAGGCCCAUGUUUGUUUCCCCCUGUGUGGAUAAGAGCAAAAACCCUGAUUUUAAGGUGUUCAGAUACAGCACUGCCCUGGAGAAACACAAGCUAUUCAUCUCAGGCCUGCCUUUCUCCUGCACUAAAGAGGAACUAGAAGAAAUUUGUAAGACUCAUGGCACUGUGAAGGACCUCAGACUGGUCACCAACCGGGCUGGCAAACCAAAGGGCCUGGCCUACGUGGAAUAUGAAAAUGAAUCCCAGGCGUCACAGGCUGUACUGAAGAUGGAUGGCAUGACUAUCAAAGAGAACGUCAUUAAGGUGGCAAUCAGCAAUCCCCCUCAGAGGAAAGUUCCAGAGAAGCCAGAGUCGAGGAAAGCACCAGGUGGUUCCAUGGUGCCACGGCAGUUAUAUGGAGCGCGGGGGAAGGGGAGGACCCAGCUCUCUCUGCUGCCUCGUGCUCUGCAGCGCCCGAGUGCCACUCCUCAGGCCGAGAAUGGCCCUGCCCCGAGACCAGCAGUCACCACCUCAGCAACCACGGAGGCACCCAAGAUGUCCAAUGCUGAUUUUGCUAAGUUGCUUCUGAGAAAGUGAAUGGGACUCUGGGAGAGACGGGAAAUGCCUUAUUUCAUACUGGCCUGGCAGACCACCCGCCACAUGGCGAAGCACUGGGGACAGCUGGCCCAGCGCAGCGCUCACUCGCUACCACCACCUUCCCUCUGGUUUAGACAGAAAGGGAAAGGGUGUUCCAGGUAGAGGCUCUCGGUGCUCCCUCAUAUUGAGGGCAACAGGAGGAAAGUGAUCACUACAGUUGGGCCCAGGACAUACUGUCCUAAGAUAAUAUUGUGUCUUAAAGGAUGAGUAGAAGUGAAACUGGAACACAGAGUUUUUGAGACGCACUUGUCCAAGUGUUUUCAGCCAGCUCUGGCCCCCUUUUGUAAGACACUUCUCCUACACCCUACACAGCACAUGUGCCCCUCUCUUAAUUUUAAAAGAUGAAAGGCAGAUGCUAGUAAUUCACCAGAAUGGCCUAUGGGGAGGGGGGAUGGGAGGGAAAAGCUCAUAAAAAACAUUUGAUGGAUUUUUGUUUAAAGGGGCUGUGCAUUUUUUUUCUAUAUUUGUAAAUGACACAUCAAGCUGUUUUGUUUCCUAAAAGCAAAUUGUUUGUGACAUUUGUUUUAUAUAGGAAUUCUCUAUGCCAAUUGCUGUGGGCCAUUUUCUUUGCCUAGUGAUUAGUGAACUGUGUUCUUUGUCUAAACAUUGAGUUCCAGCCCUUUGAUUUUGUUUCAAUACCACGUCUAAGUGCAAAUUUCUCUGCUUUUAGCUUUGUUUGUAACUGAAUUUUCUUACAAACUUCUUGACAAAUGGUACUCAGAUGUGCAUUCACUUGUGGAAGUAUUUUGAAGUGGGUGUACCUUACUAUACCUAAUAGUUAUGUAAAUAGAACUUUUGUAAGUCAAAUUCCAUUGUCACUUUGAUUUAAAUUAUUUUAGCUGUGAUGUGUCUUCAGUUUUAAACUUUGUUUUACAGCAGUUCAACGCUAGCUUUUAAGCUUUUCUUUUUUUUUUUUUUACCUCUCCUCUUCUAUCAAAUUUAUUGCUUUGAAGCAGUAUUGCCAAUUCAGUAGGGGAAACCCUCUCCUUACAAAAAAACAGUUGGAGAAAGACAUCAGGGAAUCCUUUCAUAUGUCAUGAGAAUUAACUCCUCAUUUAUAUUUUGUAAGGUUAAGUUUUUGUGCAUCAAUUAGGCAUUUUCUGUAUUUUAUAACUUAACAUUUUUAUUGGAAAAAUUUAAAAUGAUAAAAAGUAAACUUGUGUGCCUACCAUUGAGCAGUCAGCAAUCCUCAGCUCCACAGCCCUUCUUCCUUCAUUUCUGUCUCAUCUGUCCUUCUUCUGUUAUAUAUUGAGGCAGAUCCCAGAUCCCAUGGCACUCAUCUGGGAAUGUAGCAUGUCUUAGAAAGAGAAGGACUUACGAGGAGUCAUAGUUUUAUCAUCACCCAUACAAACAUUAGCAAUAAUUCCUUAAUGUCACCAACCAUCUAAAUUUCCAGUUUCCUAUUGUCCAAUAAAUGUUAUUUUUCCUCCCAUAAAUUAUCAUUGGU